AGCAAAGAGCCAAACAAUACUUGAACUCUCAGCAGUUCUCACGGUAGUCAAAAUGAACCCAAAUCAAACUCCCAGUGGUCCGAGCUAAAAACAAACCGUCGAACUCCUCCCAACUCUACACACUUUCGUCAGAAUGGAAGACAAAAGCAGUAACAGCAACGACGACGGCGACAAAGAUCCUUGGUUAGCACCAGAUAAACUCUACCAUUUCCUCUUCUGCUUCUUUCUCACCGUCCUCUUCGCCACUUUAGCUUCACUCUCCCGCUACCCUUUUCUCCGUAACCAUUCCAUUCGGGUCGGAUCCAUCCUCUCCCUCGUCGCUGGCGCUGCCAAAGAGGCUGCUGACCAGCUUGGAUUUUUCCCAUCUGCUGGUGCCUCAGCUAGAGAUGCCGUCGCCGAUUUUCUUGGUGUUAUGAUCGCUGCAAUGGCGCUUUCUCUGUGGAAGAGGCUACUCCGACAUGGGCCCGAAUCGGGGCACACCCGACGGAUUUUGCCUGUUUGAAUGAGAAUCCCUUGUUAGUUUGAUGAAUGGGAUGACUGUUAUUAAGAGUUUAAACGUAUGGCAAGUUGCUUCCUGGGCAGGAAAUGUUCGGUUGCCGAGAAAAUGAAGGUAAAGAAAGCAGAAGUUAGGAAAAUUUUUUGAGUUUUUCUCGUCUCUUCUGCAUAUUGGACUAGGCAUUUUGGGAUUAAAUUUAUGCACUGGGUUGUGCAUUUAUCAGAGCAUAGGAUUGUUCGGUUGCUAAGAAAUUGAAUGAAAAGAGAAAAUAAAUAAACAGACCUGAUAAUUCAAGGUGUCGGGAACUUGGGAUUAUAUUUUCUGGGAUUAAGAGGAUGGGUUAUAUUGGCCGAGGGCUAAAGCAAAAGUUUGACUUGCGUGAUGUAUUUUUGUUAUUCAUUUGGAUUGGUUUGGUUGAUGGGAAAAAAAGGGAAAGUAAAGCAAAAACAUUGGAUUUUGGCGUGAGUGGUUUGCUUUGCGAAGGAUUCAACGAGUUGCCUUAGCUGAGGUGAGCAUUUUCUUUCUGUAUUGAUAAUUUUUUGUUCCGUAUAACCAAAAAUAGAAAAUAAUGCCAAAUGUAAGCGCAUUGAAGUGUAGGGCAAAGAAACGAAUUCUAAUCUACCAUGGAGGCUGUCAGAAUUUUGAAUC